GUACCAACUCUGAGGCCGGUUGUACCGCACGCCCGCCGGCUCCGCAUUCGCGUAAACAUUUACGUACAUAACAAUAACUUUUAGGGAAACAUUUCAACAAUAUUCCAGUUAGACUACACACGUUUUUCAUCGCGCGUUAUCGCGAGUUAACCGUAAAAAGAAGUUUGAUUAUAAUUGAAAAAUUGGACAUUGCAGUUCACGCCGUCAUUUGUUUUGAUUAGGAAACAUCGCGUUUCGCCGGUCAUUUAUCACAGAAAUCUGGAAGCUGUCUUCUACUUUCUCUCUGGCGUAACUUGGUGGGCGCGCGGCCGCUGGCGGCGUCGCGUCGGCGCGCGCGACUGCAAGCGGUCGCCUCCGCCCGACCAUGCGCGAGCGCGCCGAGUGCGCAGUCCGACCCCGCCGCGCCGCCCGACCGCGCGCAUCAUGCUCAACAUGAAGCUCAAGGAGCGCCUAGCGCUCGCCAUCAGCGCCUUCCUCGUCCUCUUCACCCUCAUGCUGAUCGUCGACAUUCAGAUGGACUAUGGCAUCUCCGGGCAGAGGGUCCCGCUGCAUGGCCGCGUCAAGAUCGGCGAUGAUACCGACAAGGGGAAGUCGGCCUAUAUUGAAUUUCGGAAACGGUUUUUGCAAAAAAGUAAUGGCAGCAAUAGUUCCCGAGAGUACGAGCCGAGCGAGACGAGCGGCAGCGGUGCCGACGCCGAGCCGCGGACGCCGGCGCCGCCCGCCGACAAAUACGAGGAUCUGCAGCGCAUCGUCGACUGGCAGCGGCUAGGAUCCCACAACCAUGCGGUCGUCAUACCGCCGCAGAAGGACCUCAAUGUGCUGCGGCCCGAGAACCCGACCAUAGGGGAGAUGGAAGACUUGGAACCUAGCGUAAAUGCGUCCAACUUGGAGAAAUUCCAGCUGCGAAUAGCGCAGCACGAGCUCUACGAAGAAGGCGAGCCGCUCGUGGAUGCCGUUGUUAAGGACAUGGUCACGCUGCCUGUGCUACAUGCCGAGCAAAAAGAAGGAGGGACCCAGUUGAAGCUCAUUAUUGACUACCCCAACGGUAUUCAAGCGCUCUUCAAACCAAUGAGAUUCGCGAGAGAUGUGCAGACGUUGCCCAAUCAUUUUUAUUUUUCCGACUACGAAAGACACAACGCUGAAAUCGCCGCAUUCCAUCUAGACAGGAUACUGGGGUUUCGACGUGCGAUGCCAGUGGUCGGGCGCGUCCUAAACAUGACUACAGAGAUCUACGAUGUCACCGAGGGUGACAUUUUAAAGACAUUUUUCGUCUCGCCGGCGAACAACUUCUGCUUCCACGGAAAGUGCUCGUACUAUUGCGACACUGGGCACGCCAUUUGUGGGAAUCCCGACAUGCUGGAGGGAAGCUUCGCUGCGUUCCUUCCUUCGUCCGACUUAGCUGAACGAAAGGUGUGGCGGCAUCCUUGGAGACGUUCGUAUCACAAAAGAAGAAAAGCCCAGUGGGAGUUGCAGUCAGACUACUGUGAAACGGUGAAAACUACGGCGCCAUACGAUUCGGGGCGGCGGAUGCUGGACUUGAUGGACAUGGCUAUCUUCGACUUCCUCACCGGCAACAUGGAUCGACAUCAUUAUGAAACUUUCAAAAUGUUCGGGAAUGAAACGUUCCCGCUGCACUUGGACCAAGGCCGCGCUUUUGGCAAGGCGUUUCAUGACGAGCUGAGCAUCCUAGCGCCGCUGCUGCAGUGCUGCCUCGUGCGACAAACAACACUUGCCACACUACUCAAGUUCCACAACGGCAAACCACUUUCCGCGUCCCUUCGCGACGCUAUGAAGGUGGACCCCGUCACGCCCGUUCUCUGGGAGCCCCACCUGGCGGCCCUGGACCGACGGACUGCUACCAUCCUCGACGGCAUCCGCAAGUGCGUCCAAAAAGCAGAGGCUCCCGUCGACAACAACGAUGUCAACGACUUCGUAUGACCGCUAAAAACACCUGUUAUGGAACUAAAAGUGUGAUAAAGCUAUGGUCUAAGAAUGGUAACCAGUCUACCCCGGACUUAGACUUAAGAUUUUAGUGCCAAAGAGUAUCCAAAUGACAUUGGGUGAACGUUUGAAGUCAUUCCACUGACUGUAAGAAGCCAUUGUACAAGCCAAAAAUGCCGAUUUUUAUGCAAUGACCAAUAGGUUUUACAAUUGGAAUCAGUAUUGAUUUGUAGAAAGUUUAUGUAUAUAUUUUAAUGGAACUAAAUUAUUGUUAGGCUGAUUGCUGAUGGCUUGAUUGUGUUAGUUCAGGGGUCCUAGAAAUGUACGUAUAGAUGGAAAUGUUUGACCCUUGAGUGCCACAAUUUUAUGGAUGUGAUAGUAGAUAGGACAUGGCUCGCUAUUGAUAAAAGAUUCUCAGGUAAAAUUCUAUGGAGAUUCUUGGGCCACACUAAUUUAAUUGGGUGAUUAUGUUAAAACAAUGCGCUGUACAUAUUAAUAGUGAAAUGCAAUAGUUUAAGUUUAGUUUUCGUUAUAGAUAUUUUGCUAUAUUUAGCUGUCGUUAUCUUUUAAAGCUAUAAGCUCAAGAAGACAGACAUAUCAUGGUGGCGGAGUUAGCUUCGUUUUUCGUUUGAUAACGUUGAGGAUUUUGUUAAAACUUUAUGAUAAGAUUGACUUUAGUGUUUAAGAGGCUAAUUGCUAAUUUGAAAAAUGUUCCCUAUAUAUUGGUUUAUUUUUUAUUGUUUCUACGCAUUUUAUGAUUUGUUCCUUUUUGUUAUUUAGUUUUGCUUCUUUAUUAAUUUAUUAAUUAAGUACCUACUUUAAUGGAAACCAUGCAAUUAGAAAAGCUGAAAUAAUAUUCAGUUGGGUAGAUCUCGAAGCGGCACUGAGGAGCAAUAGGAGCAUUCUAUUUGUUUCAAUAACAAUUAUAGCCUACUGAUAUGAUUUAUUUAAGGCAACUAAAAUUAAAAAUAACGAUAACAACCUUUGUACAGAGAAGUUGCCUAUUUUAGAACACCAUUGAACCGUAAGCCAAGUUUUGUCUGCAAGCUGCUAUAAAUAAGUAUGUCAUAUAUGUUUUACGAAACGACAAAAAAAAGAUUUAGCUCCUGUUCGCCGCAUUGUACCUACUACUUAAUGUGUAAGUAUAGUUUAGAGUCAACCAAUGCAAAGUGUUGUUCUGUAUUCUAUGUUCGUUGUGACCGGCAGCUUUUAUUUUAAGAACAACUUCAGAUACCAUUCCUAGAGAAUUAAGGACAUUAAAAGACAAAACAAUGUACUGCAUUGAAUGUGCAAAACUUAAUUUGAAGUCUUGAUUCAGUGAAUUUCGCCAAGAUGUUUCUGUCUCGGAAAUUUGGUAGGGUUAGACCAAGACAAGUCUGCAACGAUUUUGAUAGCACACGCAGUGCAAGUGUUAUUUUAAGAAAUUAUAACGUAUAAAUAACACUUGCACUGCGUGUGCUAUCAAAAUCCUUGCAGACUUAUCUUGGUCUAACUGUAACACAAUAGACUACCUAUACCCCGUUUUUCUUUUAGAUUAGAAAUUUCUUAAAAUUUCUAAAUUAAAAAUUUAAAUACUAAAGUAGUGGUCUACUUUAGUGGUAACUUUUCUUCUUCCAAAUUUAAAUCUGAGUAACUAUGCACUGAAUUAUAGUAUCGUUUACAUAUUAUUGUACCGCAAUAUUAGAUAUCAUAGGAACCCUAGCAUUUCGAAAGAAAAA